GCCAGUCUCACUGUACUAAAAUUAGACGGUCCUUAGAAGCGGAGUCAUGGCUGAGAGAAGCAGUCAGGCUGAUCAGGAAAACAAACUGCAACAGCAAGAUCAACAGCUUAGUUAUUCUGAAGACCGAGUUACAGUCGCAACGGAAUCCACAGAUCUGGAUUUGUCUGAAAAAGAGAAGACCUCGCCCCAAAGUGAAGAAGAGACCGAGUGUCCAGGCUGCCAGUCCCUGGGUGUUGUGACUUUGACUUGCAGCCACAAGUUAUGUCCAAGUUGUAUUGACCUGAGCCAGAAGGAGAUGGGUCGUGAAGGUUGCACUAUCUGCUAUGGAUCCCAAUUAAUGGACUCUGUGCUCCAAGGUCUGCUGGGCGCCUUGUUCCACGGACAGCCCAGAAGAGACACCAGGACAGUACGGCCAGAAGAAGCCAUUUCACGGGCCGCUGCCGAGGAGACGGUGAAGGCUGCUGAAGGUGGUAAUCCGGAGAAGCAGCAGCAAUGUCUGCUGCACGGAGAACCGCUCAGAGAGUUUUGUCUGGAGAAGGAAGAGCUGCUCUGCCACAAGUGCAGUGUGAGCGACCAGGGACCCCCCAGGUGCUGCUCCAUUGAAGAGGCUCUUCUUCUUUGUAAGAGGCAGAUGGGAGCGACCCUCAGAGGGGCCCGGGAGACACUGAAGAACCUAACCACGGAGAAAGGAAAGUUGGAGGACACGGCAACUCACAUCAUGAGCCAAUCAGUGACAAUUACCCAAGUUUUGAGGGAGGAGUUUGAGAAGAUGCAGCAGUUCCUACGUGAUGAGGAGGCCACACUGACGUCAGAGUUGAAGCAGGAAGAGGAAGAGAAGAUUCAGAGGGUCGAGCAAAAGAUAAGCAAAAUAGGCAAUAACAUACAAAUCUUAAAGUCCAGUAUCGGGGAACUGGAAGACGUUAUGGAAUCAGAGGACAUCUUUUUUCUGAAGAAUUACAGAAGUGCCUCUAAAAGGACUCCCCACGGAGUUGACGAGUACAAAGAGGAAUUUGGAACUCUGCUGGAUGUCCCCAAGUACCAGAGCUGCAUGCAGCAUCAUGUCUGGGAGAGGAUGCUGAGAGUCAUCCACUAUUUUCCGGUGACCUUGGACCCCAACACAGGCUCAGCAUGUCUGACUGUGUCUGCUGACCUGUCCACUGUGUCGGUGUGUGAUGAACAGCCUCUUCCAGACAACACAGAUAGAUGUGUCAACCCACAGGGCAUCUUGGCUUCUGUGGGAUUCAGCUCUGGGAGUGAUUUGUGGGAGGUGGAAGUCGGAGACAACAGUCACUGGUCUUUAGGGGUGGCCAGAGACAGUAUCGGUAGGAAAGACUUGUGGAGACUGGAUGACAACCCUGGUGAACCAAGUGGUGGCGUGUGGACAGUGUCACUCUCCUCUGGUUUGUAUCACGCUUCUCCCGGCCACAGUUCACCUCUGACACUCAGGAGAAGACCAUCCAGAAUCAGAAUCCAGUUAGACUGGGAGAGAGGGUGUCUGACUUUCUCUGAUGCCAAUGGCAACGCUCUGAUCCACAGGUUUAAAAAGCAGUGGAGUGGUACACUAAGGCCCUACUUCUCUACCACUUGUUCCAAACACCCUUUGAAAAUCAUUGAAUCAAGGGUGACCGUUGCUAAAGAAUAGAACAUGCAACAUUACAAAUGUCAUUUAUUUACAGAGAUUAUGUUUAUUUGUGAGUAAUAGACACUCCCAUAUAUAAAGUUGAACCUCCACUGACAGAAGGUUUAGAUUGAGGUGUCCGAACCAUGUCUCGGUGUCCGAUGGUUUGAUUUAUUUAUUCAUUUUCUCUGUGGGUUUUGCCAUUUUGAUGACAUUGCUUCCUGUACACGCCAUUUCAAAGAGGCGGACCCCUGAGAUCACAUCCACUUUGCAGACUUUGAGGAGUUAACGACAGUUGGGCUCACAAUUGUGGAAGAAACAAAUCCACAAUUGCAACUAUUAUCCAAAAAGGACGUUUGUAAGGUUGCUGACUUUAAAUAUCUUUGCAAGGACGUAGAAAAAAUGCAAGACCAGGUGACAAAGCUGUCGCUAGUGUGAAUGAAGGAGAAGCAGCUAGCCGGCAAUAGCAUUUCCGAGGCAACCAUGCUUGAACCCAGUAUGGAGGAACAAUUUAAGGCGAGCCGUGGGUCUUUGGAUACGUUUAAAAAGAGGAGCCUUUUCAAAGAUUUUAUCGGCAGAGGUGGCUUUCUACCGUAGCAAGUUUUGAACUGUUCUAAAAAUGCUAGGGGAGAACUUUAUUACAGCGACUGAGAAUUUAGUACCGGGAAACAGGCCAACGGAGAACCGCCUCACACUGCUAAUUUGUGCUAGCGCUGGCUGGAAGGUGCCGCUAUACUUGUUUACCAAGGUAAAGUUAUUUUCCUUCCUGUAACAGCAUGUUUUGUAACAUUUUAGAGAACACUUUAGUGUGUGUUGUAUUGACAGUUAGACCGACUGUUGUUGUUGUUGUGUAUGGAUUAAAAAAAGAGAUGGUUGAGCCAUUG